GUAAUCAAUUAGUCCACUAAAGGAACUUUUUGUGCAAUACAUUCUCCACUUUGUAUGCUUAGAGAGAGAGAUAGAGAGAGAGAGAUGGCAGGAGUUGAUGAUGAUGAUAAGGGAAUUGUGUGUGUAACAGGUGGAACAGGGUUCUUAGCUUCAUGGCUGAUCAAGAAGCUUCUUCAACAUGGUUACUCUGUUCGGACCACCAUUAGAUCUGACCCAGACAAGAAGAAAGAUGUCAGCUUCCUCACAAACCUACCAGGCGCGCCCGAAAAGCUCCAGAUUUUCAAUGCUGAUCUGGAGCAGCCCGGCAGUUUUGAUGCAGCCAUUGAAGGAUGCAUUGGAGUGUUUCACGUGGCUCAUCCCAUCGAUUUGGAGGACAAAGAACCUGAAGAAGUCAAGACCAGAAGAGCAAUCAAUGGGACUCUAAGCAUUUUACAAGCUUGCCUCGAUUCCAAGACAGUGAAAAGAGUGGUGUACACUUCUAGUGCAUCAACUGUUGUGUUCAAUGACAAGGGUUUAGAAGAAAUGGAUGAGAGUACAUGGAGUGACAUGGAUUUUAUCAGAGAACAUAAGCUUUAUGCAGCUUCAUACAUGAUUUCCAAACAACUGACAGAAAGGGCAGCUCUGAAGUUUGCAGAAGAACAUGGAUUGGAUCUUGUGACAGUAAUUCCUUCAUUUAUUGUUGGCCCCUUCAUUUGUCCACGUUGCCCCGGCUCAGUCUACACAUCAUUGUCUAUGAUUUUCGGUGACAAGGAUCAAUAUAGGUUUAUUGCUAAUGCACCUUUGGUGCACGUAGAUGAUGUGGCAAGUGCACACAUCUUCCUUCUUGAAUAUCCUGAUCCAAAAGGAAGGUACAUUUGUUCAGCACUAGAGGUAACAAAUUAUCAGAUGUCUGAAUAUUUGUCAGCCAGAUACCCACAAUAUCAAAUACCAAAUGCUGAUAGCUUAAAGGAAUUUGAAGGGGGUAUUAAAUACUCUGGUCUCUCAUCAAAGAAGCUCUUGGAUGCUGGCUUCAAAUUUAAAUAUGGCCUUGAUGGAAUGUAUGAUGAAGCCAUUCAAUGCUGCAAAGAAAAGGGUUUUCUCUAGUCUAUCUACAUGGUUUAAUGUUCUAAACCCAAUUGUUUUCUACUUGGACUAAACAAGUUGUAUGAAUGGUUAAGCUCUUAUUGAGUGUGUGUGUGUGUGUUUUUUUUAAGUAAUCUGUAAUCGAGUGUUUAUGUAUUUGUUGACUCAAUACAUAAAUUUAAUUUGCUUUGUGUUAA